ACAAAAAUCUUCCAAAAUAUUCGAACCGCCAAUAAAAACGUGAAAUUUAAGAAAAAUUGAAAUAAUGCGAAAAGUUCAUAUAGUAAAUAACACAUUUAAUGCUCAAAUAAGUGAAAAGAAAUGGAAGAGUUCACUGAAGUGGGCGACAAUCAAUAUUUGCUUCAUGUCUUUCAUCAUUUUUGAUAUCACAAACACAAAAGAAUUCAACAAAAAUUCGUCUAUUUAUUACACCGAAUGUGCUGCUUCAUUUAUUUUGACAUUGUCGCUAAUCACAAAUGCAUUUACCUUCAUAUAUCAUUUUUGGUUUGUCGAGAAAGUUGUCUGUGAAAAUGAAACUCAAAGAAUGCUUCUGAAUUUAAGUAACAAUUCCUUAAUUAAAGCGCCAACUCCAAAAAUCGAAAAGCCGGUUGUCUUGCCUCAAAACGAUGUAUUCAAUGUUCGAAAUUUAAGUUAUCAAUCAUAUAGCGAAUCAAAUUCAAUGAGCAAUUCGUUCAACAACAGCUUCUCAUCACCAAUCAGAGACAACACAUUCAACAACGAUGCAAGUUUUGCAGAAACAAGUUUUCAAACAUCUACAAAAUUUAAUCAAUCAAAUUUUAUCAAGGAUCAAAGCGAAAUGGAUCUUUACUUGAAAGAAGUUUCACAGCACGAAAAAGAAAUUUCAAAUGCGAUUGAAGCACAAAACAACAUGACGGGAUAUUUAGGGUCAAGUUUUAAUUCGUUUUGGGGUAACAGUCGAUUUGAUGAAAUAAUUGCAUCUUUAAAGACGUCUUUCUAUCAAUUAUCGCCCCACAACACUAAACAAAACUCACGCGAUGAAACUUUCAGCAGCAAAGACAAAGAAAACAAUUCAGAAAUUAUCAGGAAAAUGUGCGCUAAUAAAUUGUCGAAUUACGUUGCUAAUUUAAAGAUGUGGAUUUCCAAAACAGUCCUCGAACCUCUACUCUUAGCUAUUGACGAAACUGACAAAGCCUUCACGCAACGUGGAUUUACGGACAUGAAGAUUGGGAAUGUUGGGCUUGAGCGAUUAAAGAAAAUGGCAUCAACAAACCAACAUCUCGUCCAGCACAUUCCGAUGUUACCUAAAAUUAUUCCCUUUUUGGAAUUGACAACAAACCAAGAAUUUUUGGUGCAGAGAAUACGAGAGUUGACUAAGGGGAGUUGCAUGAAAAACUACAAAUUCAACACCGUCUCAUUCAAUCAAUCAGAGCAAGCUGAUCAUAUUCCAAGUGAUGCUGGAAUAGUUUUUCAUCUUUUCUGUACUUAUUUAGACACGCAACUGCAUCCAGUUCCAGAUGUUCCGAGAGCUUUCUACAGUCGUUAUGUUGUCAUUGGCGAUGUUAAGAAAGCAAAUGUCGAAAAUAUCGUCAAGGAGAUGACCAAAAACAAAGCAAAGUGUGGCAUCUUAUGUAGCAACACAAUCACACCGAAGUUCAAUUUCAUUAGCGACAAAAUUCAUACUUCAAGUUACGAUCGAAAUAAUCUUUUCUACGUCAUUAUUCAAUUCCUGAUGCAUUUAAAAUUAGAUGGAAUGCUCGAAAGUGUUAACUUGGGUAAAUCAGGCAUCAACAUUCUCAACAUUAUCGAAGAUUAAAAGAGACGUGAAGUUAUUUUGAAUUAUUAUUAAUGGAAAUUUGUUAGUUGGAAAUGUAAAUACCAAAAAAAAAUAAAUUUGAUCAUCAAAUUGCUUGACUUAAAAUCAGAA